AUGUCGAUACCGUCCACACCGAGAUGGCCUGCAGACGAAACGGGCGUGCCAGAGAUAGCCGGCGACGAGUGCUUCGGAGACCUGGUAGACAAACUGUGCCAGUUCUUUGAGCAUAAGAUCAAGCUGCCACAUACCUUCGAAGAUUUGCGUCGAUCGCAGGAGGGCCGGGCAGUCCAGCCUCUCAUCGCAUACCUGUCUACCCAAGUCGACCACCCUGCCCUCGUGUCCGCUCUACUGGCCCUGAAGGGACAUUUCUCUGCCUUGGAGGAAACCAGCGACGAGCCUGGCGUGAACGAAGCGCGAGGCUACGCAUGCGAAUUCGUAGCCUGGCAAUUCUUGACGAACCUGAAAGAAGCCGACAUCAUCGAGUCUCUGCUAGUAGAACUCCCGCCGGCAACGACGCCGACCACCUCCAACCCACCGAACGGCUACCACUCGGGCGAGAACGAACGCGACACCACACAUGCCGACGAGCGGUCGCCUUUGCUUCCCGUAUCCAACACCGAUUACUUCAGCCGCGGCGACUCUCCCAGAUCUCGCUUCGGAUCGCUGAUGUCACAAUGCGAGAAUCUCAGUGCAUUGGAGCUUGCGACUGUAUCUGGUGCGAAGAAGUUCCUGUCCCAGAGACCAGUCCAGAAAAUCAUAAAUGGCUUGUGGAAAGGCGACAUCGUAUUCUGGGAGACCCUCAGUCUACACUCAGAGAAGAAGCCCAAAAAGUACAACCGAAAGCAGGCCGAUCCCUUCUCCAGGCUACGCGUUCCGUUGUACUUGAAGAUUUUCGAGACACUCUUUUUUGCGGCAUUCUUAGGGCUGUACUACGCAGUUCUAGUGCAGCGAAACAACGCCCGAGUAACCAUUCCCGAGAUACUGCUCUACGUGUGGAUUGCCAGCUUCGCGUACGAUGAAUUUUCGGAUUGGUUAGACGCAGGGCAAAGCUCGUUCUAUGCCUCGGACUUUUGGUGGACCUGGGACAUCAGUAUCGUCGUCGUGGGCUUUGUCUUCUGCAUUAUGAGGAUUGUUGGUCUGACUACAGCCAACGCUACCACCAUCGAUCUUGCCUAUGACGUACUCGGACUAGAGGCUCUCUUCCUCGUGCCGCGUAUCUUCUCUCUCUUGAGUCUCAAUCGAUAUUUUGGCACCCUUAUCCCGUGUCUCAAAGAAAUGACCAAGGAUUUCAUCAAAUUCCUUUCACUGGUAGUCAUCCUGUACCUGGAGUUGGAUCCUGAUCAAGAUGUCGCCGAAGAGAUCUCGCCGUUCUUCGGACCUCCUGUGAUGGUUCUCGAUCAUGCGCGAGAUGAAUAUUUGUUCAUGUACGUCGGCAUGAUCCAAGGCAACUUUCUUCAGGCACUGACGAUGCAGCUAUUCCGUAUACGUGCUCGAAGCAUCAAGCUCAAAUCGAUUGACAUACUUUCUGCCUCCACUGCCGUGCUCAACUUUGCAAGGCUGACCGGCUUCCAGAAUCUCAUUCCGCUAGUCAUUCGACCGUUGCGGCUCGUCAUCCCCUCCGAGCGACUCAGGAGCGUCCGGAUCGUCUUGCUCAAGGCCACGCAUCUACCUCUUGUAUUUGCAAUCUGGGCUUACGAGCAGCUGACCGAUACCCGUAAUCUCGAUGUGAAAGCGACAUCUUUCAGCGGACCGCAGACACCAACCCCACCAAAAAAGGCUCUUCGGUUGCCGGUCAACUCUCCACGCCUAUUGAUGGCGGAAGCACCAAACUCAUUUGCGAGGAAGCCCCAGAAGCCCCAGGCACGAGCAGGGUCUACAGAAACCGAUGCUCCAUUGAAGGCACUAGUCCUUAAGCUUUCAACGCAAGUUGAAGAACUUACUGCGAUGGUGUCGCAGCUCCAGCAGCAGCGCGAAGCGAGCACAUCGGUCGCUUGA